AGCGCCUCGGAGUCCUCCAAAUCAAUCCCACAAUCCCAACUAGAACAGUUUGUAUUUAUUUGAAUGGUGCCUGACUUCGGCGCGUUCAGGAACCAGAACUGAAAUACCUGUCAUCCUUUACACUCUUUAGGAAUCGACAUUUAUCUAAAAAUUGCUUUGGGACGUCGCUAUUUAAAAUUUGAAGAACCAACGCGACGGUUACAAAAUGUAAAGACUUUCUGAUUAUGGCAUCUGGAAAUCAUGUUGGGAACGAUGCAGAAGUCCGCAAGCUCAAGCACACCAAGACCCUUGAUCUUUUCAAUAACAGAAGCACUCCUGCAGAUGAACAGAACAUGAGGGAGGUGGAUUAUUUAUAUAAGGAAGAAAUAGAUAAAGACAGAUUUCCAGUGGGGCGUUGCAUGCACAACUACGGCAAAGCGAAGCGAGUAGCGAGCAAGAAGACACGUCAUUCAGCGGUGGGUUCAUCGGUUCGGCUGCGAGCGUCUUCUGCAGGCAGACCCUCUGACAUGGCCAACAAGGAGAAUGAGCUGACGUGUGCCGAGGACCCGCAGGGCGUUCACUGUAAGGACAAGUGUGCAUUCCCUGUGAACUCGACAGACGCUGCUAAAAUGGCAGGAGCUGGCUCCAAGUACAGUGACUACUUCACUGAGUUAUCCAAGGACCAUGACACAAUGACUAAUGUGCUCUUUGGGAGGAAUCUCAGGUUAAAUCUGGCUUUGACACUUUGGCGAAGAAAUGCUAGUGAACUAGUGGCUUAUUUGAUCAGAAUACAAGACACAGCGGUGCUGGUUGACUGUCUUCCUGUUCUUACAAAAAGUCUUCAAGAAGAACAGUCGUGUGUUUCUCUUGGCUGCUGUGUCGACCUUUUACCACAAGUGAAGACGGUACUUCUUGGCAGAUAUGAAGUGCACCUCACUGUGGCUUUGCACUGGGUUCAAUCAGUUGUUAAAAAAUGGUGGCCUGAACUCUCAUCAAAUGGAAAAACACUGCAAGGCUGCUGUUCAGAUGAGAAAAAUGUUCAGGCAUUGAGAAAGCUGCUGAUUGAUCUUUGGGAUGAUACGUGCCCAUUAUCCUCAGUACCUGGAACUGUGGGAGAAAUAAGCAAGGCCAUUGAAUCCUAUCGGGCACAGUUGCGCUGAUGACUAAAGUGUAGAACACUUGAGGAAAUGACCACUACAUGCACUUGCUGUGGUUUUCAAAGCUGCUCUUUGAACACUGCGAUAAUGUCUUUGUUUUACUCCAGAAGAAGACAUGAGACAAUGGUAAAUGGGGAGACAGAUGAACUGACCAAUUCAGACCCUCCCUAUAUUCAAACUGAAGACGUGUCUUAAAGGCUAAAUCCUUUCCCAUAAACCAGACUGCUUCACAUUGAAGUGGACAAUAUAUAUAUUUUUUUCAUUAGUGGCACUCUGUCAACUCUAUGAGACUGUUAAGAAUCAGGUAAUUCACAAAAGUGCCAUGGAGAAGUUUUAACUCGCACUUGCGGCGCCACAGCGUGCACUAGCUGAAGUGGAUCUGAUGCACCACGUCCCGAGUCGGCUCCUCGUACCGCGUCUUAUCAAUGAAGAGCUUGUAGUCCUGCAGUCUUAAGUUAUUGAAGCUUUCAAUGUCUUAUGCUUGUCCAUGGAUGAAAUGAUUGUGCAUAAUCAUGGUGAUUUUUUUCUUUUAAUCAAAUUCUAAAUAAAUUUGCAAAAUUUGCCAA